AUGGUGUGCAGAGGUGAGACCUUCCAAGCGUGUCCACAGUGCAACGCGGUUGGCUAUGCAGCCGACACUGUGAAGCAUGUGCCGAAUUGUAAUGGCACCCCGAGUCCACAGAAGAAGAAGGCGCGAAUCAACGCCAAAAAGUCAGCAGCGUACGACGAGGCCCGGCAGGCAUUCCUUUCCGCAGCUGCUCGCAUGAACUUGGUGCCGUUUGUGAUUCGUUGCCGCAACUGCCCCCGAAAAGUGCAGCUUCAAAAGAGACGAAAUUCGGUACCUCUCGAAAGAGGAUCAGCAGGUCAAAUUGGAGUCACAUUUCGAGGCAGUUCGCCUUGGUGCUGA